AUGAAAUCCAAACUUAAUCCCAAAAGCCUGUCGACUAUUAUGAAGAAAUACCACAAUGAUCCCCAAUUUCAUCCAUGUUUGUCGGAGCCUGGGGAUACCAUUGUUAAUGCUCCAGAUGGAUUUGUCGGUGUAUAUCGAAUUUUCUUCAAAUCAGGGUUGCGGUUACUGACAUUUGAUUUCCUGAAGACAGUCCUAGAUUCCUACCAUCUACACAUUUCUCAAAUUAGCCAUAAUGGUUUUCAGAAAAUCGUUUGUUUCGUGAUGUUGUGUUCUACUCUAGAUAUCCCGCCUUCCAUCACCAUAUUCUACUAUUUCUAUGUUACCAUGUCUAAUGGUGAUUGGGUGUCUUACUCCGUCUGCCAUGUUAUGUUGGAUAUUUAUGACGGUUUCCUACUUCUAUAA